UCAUCGGUGUAUAAUUGGUUAGUUCACAGUCUUCAGUUAAUAAAAGCCUUUACAUAAUUAAAUUGAAUUUAUUUAGAGUUAUUUAGGGUUUUCCUAAAGACAAUUUGGAGAUUAUAAUAUACAAUUAUAAUGUAACAAAUAAAACGUAAUCAAUAAGCCUCAUGUUGAGUCCAGUUUAAAAUCCCAGCGAUUAUUAUUAUUUUUAUUUAUUUUAUUUAGUUUUUUGUCCCUUUCCUGGCCUUAUUGCUUAUUGUUUUAUUUAACAUUUGAGGCGUUUGACCAGAUGUUUUUUUUUCCCCUAAUGGGUUCCUUUAUUGAUAUUUCCCCUCCGCAUCCUCCUGAUAUUGGCAGUACAUAAUGUGGAUCAUCCCCGCAGCAGCACCUGGCUGCUUGACAGGUGAAUAGUCCCGUGUGUGAUGAAGCGAGGAUUCGCGGGCAUCCUGUUUCCCUCGGUCUGCUGCUGCUGCUAUGUGAUAGCCAGAGAUCUAUUCCUUGUCUCAGUGAGCUCAGCAGACAUGCUGGCUCCCCUGCCAAGCACUAAGAGCUGGACUCGCUGCCCGGACGGACAGAUAGUGUCUUGCUAUCUCCAGCCGAGUUCAAUCGGGGUUGAACGGGCAUCAUGUAGGCCUCACCGGGGAUGAGACCGGGGAUUGUUGCUGCUCAUUGCUGCUCGAGGUUUCCCUUUAAUCUUGGCGGUGUUCAGAAAUGCUCACGAUGAUCCCAGUAAUCUGUUUGGCGAUGCUGCUUCCUGGAGUGGUUCACUCUGCUCAGGGUCACUUCGCCCAGAAGCUCCUGAACGAUCUAAUGGAGAACUACUCCAGCGCCCUGCGGCCUGUGGAGGACACAGACAGGGCCCUCAACGUCACCUUACAGAUCACCCUCUCUCAGAUCAAAGACAUGGACGAGAGGAACCAGGUGCUGAUCGCCUACCUGUGGAUCAGGCAGACGUGGCACGAUGCGUACCUGAAGUGGGAUAAAGAGGACUAUGACGGGCUGGAGGUCAUCCACAUCCCCAGCAGCCUGGUGUGGAGGCCCGACCUCGUCCUCUAUAACAAAGCCGACGACGACUUCUCGGGGCCGAUGGACACCAAUGUGAGGCUGCGCUACAAUGGAGAGAUAACCUGGGACGCUCCGGCCAUCACCAAGAGCUCCUGCGUCGUGGACGUCUCCUACUUCCCGUUUGACAGCCAGGAAUGCAACCUCACCUUUGGUUCAUGGACUUACAAUGGCAACCAGGUAGACAUCAUUAUGGGCAUGGAGAGCGGCGACCUGUCAGACUUUGUGGAAAACGUGGAGUGGGAGUGCCACGGGAUGCCGGCCACCAAGAAUGUCAUAAUGUACGGCUGCUGCUCCGACCCGUAUCCAGACAUCACCUAUACCGUUCUCCUGCAGCGCCGCUCUUCCUUUUACAUCUUCAACCUCCUCCUCCCUUGCUUCCUCAUCUCCUUCUUGGCUCCUCUGGGUUUCUACCUGCCUGCAGACUCCGGGGAGAAGGUUUCCCUCGGGGUGACGGUGCUCCUGGCUCUCACCGUGUUCCAGCUGAUGGUGGCGGAGAGCAUGCCGCCAUCAGAAAGUGUCCCUCUUAUAGGAAAGUACUAUAUUGCUACCAUGACCAUGGUCACUGCCUCCACAUCCCUCACCAUCUUCAUCAUGAACAUCCACUUCUGCGGCGCAGAGGCCAAGCCAGUUCCCCACUGGGCCAAAGUCCUCAUCAUUGACUACAUGUCCAAGAUUUUCUUUGUUUACGAGGUGGGCGAGAACUGCGCCUCUGCCUCCUCUUCGUCUUCUCACUCGCCCCAGGACGACGCCCGUCACUCGCAAAUCAACGGUCACGUGCACUCGAACGGGAAACCUGGGAGCCACGGCGGCCAAGACGACCGGCGCAGCCACAGAUACCCCAGACCUCAGACUCCCAGACUUCCUCAACACUCCAAAGUGAAAGUCCAGCACCACAUCACCCGAGAGGAGAACAGCCACCUGUCCAGUUUUGCACCUUCAAAGUAUGAGAGCACCAAUGGUAAAAUCCCGACGAGUGACUGCUGUAAAGAAGACCAGAAGGUCCCGUAUUACCCUGAGGAUCACAAACUUCCCUGCUGCCCCGAAGACAAAAAGCCUCCACCUCAAGGCCCCACCGUAACUUUUGGCCCCUGUGUGUUCUGUAGCCAUGGCAGUGGGAUCCCCGGGGCGGACACCAAGCUGGUGCGCAAUGUUGAGUAUAUAGCAAACUGUUUUAGAGAGCAGAGGGCCACAUGCGCCAAGGGGGCAGAGUGGAAGAAGAUAGCCAAGGUGAUGGAUAGAUUCUUCAUGUGGAUUUUCUUCAUCAUGGUUUUCCUCAUGAGCAUCCUCAUCAUCGGAAAGGCACCGUGACCAAGUAGAGAUGCCUUCUCUGUCUUUUUUUCUUUCAUUUCAAUAUUGGACUCAGUGGAAACUUUUUAGUCAACAGAAAAAAGUCAAAUGGACUAUUUUUUUUUUUUUUAAAUAAACAUAUUGCACA